UUUAUUAUUAUUAAAUAAAUAAUAUUAGAGAUAUUAUAGUGUACAUUUGGUUGGAGUGGUGUCUUUGUUCCUAUGUUGGUCUGGAAUUUUGAUUUCUAGAAUUCCCGGCCAUCCGUUUGAGAUUGGAGGCGCAUCAGGAUCAGAUCGAGAAGAGUGUUUUAAGAUGAAAAGGGCUGUGUUUAAUUUCAUAAUGUGAAGAUGAAUGUAAAUCUAAAAGAGGUUCUAUAUCUAUAGUCAGAUUCAUGGGGAUUUGUUUCAGUAUUGAACAUCCAAAUAAACAUCAGCAACAACGACAAGCAAAAUCUUCUACUGUUAGGGCCAACAAUCAAGGAAAUGGAACUGAAUCGAAAAGACAAGGGUCAACAGGGAUAAGAAGUUAUAGCAGCAGCACAAUGACUCCCAAGAAUGUCAAUGAACUGCGUCAGAAUCCAGGAUAUAGUAAUGUUGAUGUGUUUACAUAUGAGGAGAUGAGAUUGGCCACCAAGUCCUUUAGACCAGAUUUUAUUCUUGGAGAGGGAGGGUUUGGAAUAGUGCAUAAAGGAGUUAUAGACGAGAGUGUGAGGCCAGGUUACCCGACAACACAGGUUGCAAUUAAAGAGCUCAAUCGCCAAGGUUUCCAAGGUGACAGAGAAUGGCUGGCAGAAGUCAACUAUUUAGGACAGCUUAGUCACCCUAAUCUUGUGAAGCUCAUUGGGUACUGCUGUGAGGAUGAGCACAGGAUAUUAGUCUAUGAAUAUAUGGCAAGUGGUAGCCUUGAAAAACAUCUUCUUCGCAGAGUUGGUUGCACUUUGACUUGGUCAAAAAGAAUGAAGAUUGCUUUAGAUGCAGCAAAAGGACUUGCUUUUCUUCAUGGUGCUGAGAGAUCUAUCAUAUACCGCGAUUUCAAGACAUCAAACAUCUUGCUGGAUUCAGAUUUUAAUGCAAAGCUUUCCGACUUUGGCCUUGCAAAGGAUGGACCUAUGGGAGACCAGACCCAUGUGUCAACACGAGUGAUGGGCACAUACGGUUAUGCUGCUCCUGAGUAUGUGAUGACUGGACACUUAACGGCUCGAAGUGAUGUUUAUGGUUUUGGGGUUGUGCUACUUGAGAUGCUCCUUGGAAGGAGAGCAGUGGACAAGAGCAGACCUAGUCAAGAACACAAUCUUGUUGAUUGGGCUCGUCCACUUUUGAACCAUAAUAAGAAGCUUUUAAGGAUUUUAGACCCUAGAAUGGAAGGACAGUACUCGGUUAAAACUGCAAUGAAAGUGGCUAAUUUGGCUUACCAAUGCCUAAGUCAGAACCCAAAAGGGAGGCCGAUGAUGAGCCAGGUGGUCGAAUUGCUUGGGAAUGUUCAAGCUCAAGAAGCAUUGCUUGAAAGCAGUGGCACUGUAACCCUGUAUGAAGCUCCAAAACAUUCUUCUCAAAGUUCUAAAGUGAAGCGCAGUGAGACCGGAAUUGAUAGUAAUAGAGAGGCACAUAGAAGGAACAAACAUGCUAAUGGAAGGAGUAAGAGUGAACCUCCAAAAGAUUGUGAUCUUUAUAACCCUUAUGAUUCUCCUGCCUAGGUAGAUAAAACUGAUGAGAAAUCAGCUUUGGCAGGAAGCUGAUUUUGUAGUUUAGUGUGGAUUGAGGUUGAAGUUACAGCUGUAAAAGGAGGUCUGUUGUUUGGUGUUUUAAAAAUCUACUUACUGUUUGUACCAAGCAUAGUUUUUAAACAUGUAUUAGGAGGUUAAGCUUUUGCGCUAGUGGUAGUACAUAUGUUUAUUGAAAAAUUUUCAGUUGUAUUAUGGUUUAAUACGUCCCCACCCUUCUGUAUAAGUUUUGAGGUGAACAUUCUGCCAUUGUAGCUUUUGUUGUACUACUAAUAGAAAUUUUGAGUACUGGACUUACUUGUUUAAAA